AUGCAAGAUAAUUAACUAAUGGAUGGAAGAUUUAAAAAAAAGGAGAGAUUUUUACUCACUCUACUAUCAAGUAUCAUUAACUUGAACUACCUUUAAAUAAAAUUGAAGGUAUUUUACCUACAAAUUACGAUAAGACUGUUAAUUAUCUCCAAAAUUGCUAUUAAAACAAAGAAAGAAAUGAAAUGUGUGGUUCGUUUGAAUUAACAUAAUAAGUAGAUGAAAAUACUAUUGUUGGACAUUUACUAAAUAAGGGAAAAUUUAUAUUUAGUCCAAGAGAAUUAAUUGUAGUUUAAAAUAGACAUAAUAUUUCAGAGAGUGAAACCCUAAUUACAAGAGCAAGCAUAGAAAGUCAUGAGAACAUAAUCCCAAACACUGAUGCUGUUAGAGCUGAAGCUAAAGUUUAUGGAAUUUUCCUAAAAAAGCUUAAUGAAUAUUAAACAUAGUUUGAAGCUUAUCUCAUUAUAGAUUUAAAAGGAAAUAUACCAAACUUUGGCAACAAUAUGA